AUGUCGGACACUAAUAUUGAACAGUGGAAGAUAAAAAGAUUAAUCAACAAACUAGAAUCGGCCAAAGGAAAUGGCACGAGCAUGAUUAGUUUGAUAAUAAGGCCGAAGGAUGACGUUAAUCGUAUAAAUAAGAUGCUUUCCGACGAAUACGGAACCGCUUCUAACAUAAAAUCUAGAGUAAACCGUCUGUCAGUGUUAUCAGCAAUCACAUCGACCAUGCAACGUUUGAAGCUAUACAGGGCUACGCCACCGAACGGACUAGUGGUAUACUGUGGAACAGUGAUAACAGAUGACGGGAAGGAGAAGAAGGUCUCAAUAGAUUUUGAGCCGUUUAAGCCAAUAAACACCUCGUUAUACUUAUGCGACAAUAAAUUUCAUGUAGAAAGCUUACAUGAGCUUCUUGAAAGCGAUGACAAGUUCGGGUUCAUAAUUAUGGACGGAAACGGAGCACUAUACGGAACAAUACAAGGAUCAUCAAAAGAAGUGUUGCAUAGUUUUACUGUCGACUUGCCCAAAAAACACGGAAGGGGAGGACAGUCAGCACUGAGGUUCGCACGCUUGAGAAUGGAAAAGCGCCACAACUACAUCAGAAAAGUUGCAGAAACUGCAGUCAAUAUGUUCAUAACAAACGAUAAAGUAAACGUAACAGGGCUUAUACUAGCAGGAAAUGCUGAUUUUAAAAACGAUCUGGCAAAUAGUGAUAUGUUUGACCAGAGGUUGUCAGCAAAAGUAAUCAAGGUGGUGGACGUAUGCUACGGAGGAGAAAACGGAUUUCAACAAGCAAUAGAACUAUCAUCGGAAUGCUUGGCAAACGUAAAGUUCAUACACGAAAAGAAGUUGAUUAAGAGGUUCUUCGACGAAGUAGCACACGAUACAGGUAAAAGGUGGACUUUGAAAAGGGUAUGUAGGAAAAUACUGCACGAUACAGUUAACGCACUGGAGUCAGGAAUGGUGGAAGUGUUAAUAAUAUACGAACAGUUGGAUAUACUGAGAGUGCAAGUGAAAAAUCCAGUGACAGCAGUAGAGUCGGUGUUGCUAAUAUCAACAGAAGAUGAAAGGAACGAAGCGAUAUUUAAGGAAAAUAACGUGGACCUGGAAGUGAUGGAUAAAAUACCACUAAUCGAAUGGCUGAUCAACAAUUACCAAAACUACGGAUCGUCACUGGAUUUUGUAACAAACAAGUCGCAAGAAGGCUCGCAGUUCCAAAACGGGUUCGGAGGAAUCGGAGGAAUACUGCGCUACAAAAUGGAGAUGAACUACGACGACGUAGAACAGCAGGAGGACGACGAUAGCGACUUCAUGUAA